CUCCCAAGGAUGUUCAAACUAUCAAUGUUGGUACAUCUUCAAAAGUUGAAGGAAAAUCUGAGAAAAAAACAUCGACUUUCCCAAGAGAACCAUCUACAGCUUCUAUGGAGGGUAUUGAGCACGCCAGUGUUGUCUCAUCUACGAAAGACAGGGAGGUUACUUCAACAACUCCAAGCAUUGAAGAAAUCAAAAAGUGGGAGGAAGAAGAUGUUAUAAAUUUUUUGCAAGAGAAGAAAAAAGAGCUUCGCCUUAAGGAGGAGGAUAUUGAAGUGAUCAGAAAGAAUAGAGUCACCGGUCAAGAAUUCCUACGUUUAAAUGAAGCAAAACUUAUGCAUGAUGGCUUACUUCGAGGACCAGCAGAAUCAAUCGCAUAUUUGAUUGAUACUCUUAAAGGCGAAAAAGUAUCACAAAAUUUACUUGUUUCCAUAACAAUUUUACAUCUGACAACUAUAACUGCAAUAUUGUCUCUUGAUUUCACUUCUUAUAUUGCAGAUCAAACGUAUCAAACACAAGAUCAUAGGAGUUUGCAGGAGAUUGUAGAGAAUGCAGUGAAUAAAGCAAUGAAAGAAAAACCAUUUGAAGUGAUAAGUGUAUCAAAGCUGAGCAGUACCAAGAUGAGCAAAAUUGAGAAAACUAUGGGUAUUGAUAACAUGCGACUUAGUGCCAAAGAUUUCCCAGAUUCUUCAACUAUAGAGUGUGAUGGAUUUAAUUGGGAUAUGGACAAAGAUGAAGACAAACAAAUGCAGGAUGUCAAAAACUGGUUUGAAAAUAUAUUAAAAUUAGGAGAAUAUUAUUUCAUCGAAGAUGUUCAUAAAUCUACAAAAAAAGAAGUAACAUUAGAUAAAGCUCGUACUAUAUUACGGGGUGGAACUGAUAUUUGCAUUGGCCCAAGUCUAACAGGAUGCGUCUAUGUAGAAACAAAGAAGUCGCUCCAAGGAUUAUUAAUUUUAGAAGAAUCUCAAGCUAAAGGAGAAUUACUUAUCGCAAAUGCAAAUGUUGCGUUAGAUGUAUUGAUUGUAUUGACAGAUUGCAACGAAAAGUGGACUAUCUUUUUCAUAACCAAAGUUGAAAAUCCAGUCGAGCAAUAUUACAUUGUAACUGCAGUAAUUGAUGACCGUGGCAAGGCAUUAAGUAUAAUCAAACAUUUUGUUUUAGAACAGAGAAGCAAAUUAGAUAACAUUAUAGGAAUGAAUAAGAGAGAGAGUUCAGAAAAAAUUAUAAAUAUUGAAGGACCAUUAUCAAAAAAGGCGAAGUUCAGAGAAGCUGUUAUAUUUUGUGAUGAGAGAAU